AUGUCCAUCUUUCUGCUGCUCGGGCAUUGGCUCUACAUCAGUGGAGCUGUGACCCUGCGCGGGUCUGACGUCAAAGGGGCCAUUUUCCCCGCUGACGAAAGCCAGAUCGGUGUUGUUCCCAUAGGGCAGAACUCCACAGGAUUGGCCAGUAGCACUUACGUGUACAACAGCAGCCAGCUCUCCAUUCUGAUCCCAGAGACAAGACCUCUGGUGACAUUACCUGUCGUGGUGCUACAAGCUCACACUCACUUCCCCGAGCUGCGAAUACAGCUUAUGUACGGCAGUGACAACAAGGAGUACGUGAAAACGCAGAAGACGCUCGCGGCGCUUUUGGAGAAAGGCGUUCUGCUGUUGACACCAAUGCCGGGAAGCGCUUACAAUGCCAGCCGGCUCCCUGAGGACCAGAAACGCGUUGCCUACUCCAAGGCGCUGACAUCACCGGAGUUUUGGCAGCUGACAACCACACCGAAAGUGUUGCUGGCACAGACGGACUCCUGGAUCUGCAACGGGGCAAGAGCAACCUUGCGAGACUUCCUUCAGUAUGACUACGUCGGGGCUCCGUGGCCCGAUUUUAAGACCUUCUGCCCGAAGAAGCCUGUGGGGAACGGGGGUUUCAGUCUCCGAGAUCGCGAAGCGAUGCUAAGGAUCACCAAAUCCUCCCACGUGAAUUUUCAUCCGGAGGAUGCGUACUUCUGCAGUCAUCUUCAAGACUCCGAGAAGCUUCCUUCUAAGGAAGCGGCAAAGCACUUUGCCAGGGAGCAAUUCUCGCCAGAGGAGAAGAAGCAGCUGUCGUCUGGCACUUCUGGUACCAUGCCCAGCGUGGGCGUCCACAACCUGUGGGUGAGCCCAGAGUUGGUCCGGCGAGUCUUUGAGGGCCAGUGCCCCGGCGUGAGUCUUGUGAACCCCAGAGUGCAAGCUCUUGACGACAGCGAGGGCACUCUUGGCGAAGCCAUGGUCCAGCGAUGGAGACAGGAGUUCCUCCCGCGGACGGUUGCCUUGCUCCAGGACAGUGACCGUGGGAGUUUGGACUUUGUUAGCCUGACGCUGAUGACCGAGAUCUUCGGAGAGGAGUCCUUUCACGAUCCGCUGUUGGUCGACUUCCUCCGUGAAACUGCUGAGACAUGGCAGUGGACGCGAGGAACUCGCGGAAGCUGA